AUGCUAUUUCUUUUAAUAUCAAUUGCUUUAGCUUAAUAACUUGAGUACUUCACAGAUGCCAACUUUUAAAAACGAACACUCAUAUCUAAACACUAUGUGCAAUAUGAUUGGGUCAUAGCAUUCUGUGAUCAAGAAUGUCCAAAUGAAACUAUUGCUACAGUUAAUUCAUUUCCAGAUUCUUACUAAAAAGGUUUUGUUAAUCUCUCAAACAGUCCAUGGAUUAAAAAUAACAUAGCUUAGAACGGAAUUUGGAUUUAUUAUUUGAAUAACACAAUGUGUGAGUUCUAAAAUGGACAUUGCGAUUUACAUCUUCCUGUCCCGCAAAAAUAUAACAUACCUAAAGUUAACUUCUUUGAGUCAAGAAUGGUAACUCUAUUUUGAUUAUCUUUUAGAUAGUCGUUCAAAUAGGUUGUGUCAUUUUAGUCAUUUUUUACAUUAUGGCAUUUUUCGAUCUAAAAAAAAGAUUUUGGGAUUAAAAAAACAAAGUCAAAUCAGAGUGA